GCCGGAUCACUGGCUGCCUUCCAGAGCAGCCAGGGAGCUGUUUCGUUAAAUCCCAACCCAGACCAGCCAUGAAGUGAAAAAACAGAAAUUGGGCAGACGGGGCUGAGAUGGAUAUUGAGGAAACAAAUCAAAACGCCAGCAAAUCGCAAGGAGUUGGAGGCCAGGCGUCUGCAAUGUCUCUAUCAAACCCACUGAUGAGGGACUUUGUUUCAGACUGGUCUCCUUUACACGAUGCUUCUAUCCAUGGUCGUCUGCUUGCUCUGAAGAAACUCAUCAAACAGGGGAGUGAUGUGAACCUUGUCACAGCAGACCAGGUGUCUCCUCUCCAUGAAGCCUGCCUAGGUGGUCAUGCUGCUUGUGCCAGUGUCCUAUUAAAACAUGGUGCUCAGGUGAAUGGAGUUACUGUUGACUGGCACACUCCAUUGUUCAGUGCAUGUGUCAGUGGUAGUGUGGCUUGCUUGAAUUUAUUGGUGCAGCAUGGAGCCAGCCUACACCCGCCCUGUGACUUGGCAUCCCCCAUCCAUGAAGCUGCUAAGAGAGGUCAUGUGCAAUGUGUUGAAUUCCUUGCAUUGCAUGGAGUAAACAUAGAUCACAACAUCAAGCAUCUGGGUACUCCACUUUACAUAGCUUGUGAGAACCAGCAAAUGAACUGUGCCAAGAAGCUCCUUGAGUCAGGAGCAAAUGUGAACAGUGGCAAGGGCCUGGACUCCCCUCUGCACGUGGCUGCCAGGAAUUGCAAUGCAGAGCUGGUGUCGCUGCUGAUUGACUUCGGAGCAGACAUUUGGGUGAAGAAUGCCGAAAGCAAGAGGCCAAUGGAGCUGGUCCCACCUGGCAGCCCUGUGGGCCGACUCUUCCUGCAGAAAGAAGGUGCCCCUUAG